UCCUGGCGCCCUCAUGUCUUCACGGGACUCCCCGCGCCGGUUGACGUGGUGUCUCGUUCGGAUUUCCAGGCAAGACCUCAGCUCCGGCGGCAGCAUCAGCCCGGCACGUCUCGAGCUCCCAGGCGCUGCGCCCCGAGAAGGCGCAGAGCGCGACCGCCGCAGCUGAGCCACCCGCCGCACCCCGGGCCCGCGCAGCCCCCGCCAAGACCGCGGCGCGCGCAGCCUUGUCACCCCCCGACCCUCACCAGCGGCGGCUGCUCAAACCUCGAAUUCUGCGGGUACUGGGGGCCAGCGGGGGAGCUGUCGGCAUCCCUCGCCCUCCUCGCGGCGGCGGCGGCGGCGGCGGGAACCUUGGCCGCCGCCUCCUGCGCGCCCUCGCUGCCCCGAGCGGCCCCAGGACUCCGAACUCUUGCCCCUGACCUGUCGGGCGGGACUCCGCGCUCCUACCCUUGGCCCAGAUGGGUUUCCUGGCUGGGACUUGGGUCUCCUGGAGUUAAUGUCCAACUGGGGGUCUGCGGAGACCGGAUCCGAGGUGCCGCCGCCGGUCGGGACUCUAAGAUGAAGUUAUGGGAUGUCGUGGCUGUCUGCCUGGUGCUGCUCCACACCGCGUCCUCCUUCCCGCUGCCCGCCGGUAAGAGGCCUCCCGAGGCGCCCGCCGAAGACCGCUCCCUCGGCCGCCGCCGCGCGCCCUUGGCGCUGAGCAGUGACUCCAAUAUGCCAGAGGAUUAUCCUGAUCAGUUUGACGAUGUCAUGGAUUUUAUUCAAGCCACCAUUAAAAGACUGAAAAGAUCACCAGAUAAACAAAUGGCAGUGCUUCCUAGAAGAGAACGGAACCGGCAGACUGCAGCUGCCCACCUGGAGAACUCCAGGGGUAAAGGUCGGCGAGGCCAGAGGGGUAAAAACCGGGGCUGCGUUUUAACUGCGAUACAUUUAAAUGUCACUGACUUGGGUUUGGGCUACGAAACCAAGGAGGAACUGAUUUUUCGGUACUGCAGCGGCUCCUGCGAGACAGCUGAGACAACGUACGACAAAAUCUUAAAAAACUUAUCAAAAAAUAGAAGGCUGGUUAGUGACAAAGUAGGGCAGGCAUGUUGCAGACCCAUCGCCUUCGAUGACGACCUGUCAUUUUUAGAUGAUAACCUGGUUUACCAUAUUCUAAGAAAGCAUUCCGCUAAAAGGUGUGGAUGUAUCUGACUCCGGCUCCAGAGACCGCUGUGUAUUGCAUUCCUGCUACAGUGCAAAGAAAGGGACCAAGGUUCCCAGGAAAUGUUUGCCCGGAUGGAAGAUGAGGACCAAGGCAGCAGAGGAGGAGCAGCAGGAGGAGGAAGGCAGCCGUCGUGGGAGCCUGGUAGAGGGGGAUCCAGCUGCAGACAGCGGGACAGGAGCGAGAGAAAACCGCUGUCUGGAUCCUCCCGGGCGGCAGCUGAUGCCACCAGCAGCUCAGGGCUGGUGUCCCUGGAUGAGCGUUGCCAUUGUCGUGCCUGACACAGCCCACCGUCCCUGGUCACAGGCACAGUUGCGGAUGCACUUGAAACCAAACCAGUGUAUCUCCUGUGGUUUGUUUUCACAUGUCUGGAGACACCAGGGAAACGGUAAUCCCGGUGUCAUUCCUUGUCAUUAUGUUUUACUGCUGAAAGCAAGAAAAGUUUAUUUUUCUGUCACUCAGUGGAGACAUACCCCGGAAAGGGAAAAAAAA